AUGUCGCCGAAAGACUCGAAAGAGAACAUUGAGGUGCACGGCUCAAGUAGUCGAUUGGAAGUCGGCAAUCAUGCGGAUCGAACACAGCAGUCGAGAUCUGAAAAACGGAAAUCGGAGGUUCUCAUCGCGGCUCAAUCUCUGGACUCAGAACUGCAAAAUGUCAAGAACUUGAAGCGAAUAUCGAUUGGAUCACUGGAUAUGUUGAUUGACCCGGAAAUGGAGUUUCGGAUCAGUCCCACGAAAUCGCAAUCUUCACGAAGUGACGAAUCAUCUGUGGAGUCCACAAUAGAAUCGCCAGAAGAUUUUGGAGAAAAUGACAAGGCACUGAGCAGUAGCGAUGGAGACACAGACGAUGAUUAUUCUUAUAUCAACGAUGAUAGUAUCGACGUCACGAAUACUGAGUAUUUGGAAAGCACCAGUGAUAUUGCCGUAAGCCAAAGUUCGCACACAGGUCGCACUCUUAGCGGGGUACGCAGAGGGGGUCUCUCAAGAGGAACAACAUCGCAUAAGUCAAAACCGUCUGAUGACUCUGUGACGCAGAACCUCUUGUGGGUGCCUGCCAAUCAGCAUCCCAGUGUCAAGCCCGAAAAUUUCUUAGAACUGGUCCAAGAUACGCUGCAUACAUUGAAGGUGGAUUCCGACGGUACGGCUCAACGUGAUGACGGCUUGGCGUCGUCCCCUUCAAACCUUGGAAUCUCACCAUUCUCUCAAUUACGUUCAGGUUCCAAUACAUUGGUGCGAAGGCCGUCUGGACUGCGCAAAUCUUUUACUGAGCUCGAGGAUUUGUUGCAGCAAGAGGUCAGCAAUGACAAAGAGAAUAAAGAUGUCUCAGAAAGAAAGAUCAAUCCUUAUCGAGCAGCUUCGAAAUCGGCAUCCCUGAGAGAUCUUACCGAAGAACUGACGCGAAUUUCUAAUAGAGCUGGCUUUACAGAUAGCGAUGCAGUUUCUUUGGCUCGAACACUCAGCAUGGCGAGUUCCAGUAGUGAGCAAGAGCUAGUCACCACCUCAAAAGAUUCACACGAACCACAAGAUAGCGAGUUUGCCUCCAGCAUGUUUAUGAAAAACGGUCUUUCCAUUCCUGCACGCUCUUCUUUAAGACGCAGUAAAUUCAAUACCUACAGAAUACGAACUCCAAGUGGCGACAAUGCUAGCCAAUCUGCUACAGGGCUGGUUCUGAAGGAUGACGAGAUCAAGUCCAUACCCCCAGCGGCCGGUAAACUUCCACAGUCGCCUAACUCUAUCAAUGAUUUUGACAACAUAUAUGAUCAUUACAGACAAAACAGCUUAGAUGGCUCGGUUGAUUUUCAGUCACCCGAGAGAAUCGCUAGAUCACAGCAUGGGUUCUCAAGCGAAAGGGGAGAGAAGCCAGUGAAGCCAGCUGGUGACACUGACUCGAAGGAUUUACCGCUAUACAAGGAGCAAAGAGUGUUCCCAAAUGAAAAAUUGGAGCGUGAAGAUGAGACGCUGAAAAGAGAUGAAACAAAGGUUAGUCGUGGCCCAAUUUCUCGCAAGAAAGGAGCGUGGAACUGGUUUGGCAAAAAAGCUUCUAAAGAUUCAGAAAGCUCCAAAACAAUUGGAAGAAAACAUUCAAACGAUUUUGUAAAUAUUGAGGACAACGACUCCAAGGACAGUGGCUGGGCCCCUGAAAAGGGCAACCAUUCCAGGUACAGGCAUCAAAAGAUUGGUAACGACAUGGAUAAAUCCGACAUCCGCGAGCCUAGUGGGACUUCGACUAGCACUUCGCCCUCUAAAAAAGCAAGUCGCGAGAAGAAAUUCAAACAAUUAUUCAAACGAAACCGCUCAGCAUCGAUCAGCAACAAAGGCACGUCUGGUGUACUGGAAACACCUAAAGGCUUUGGAGGGCGCGCUUCCGACGGGUUGAGAACAAGGUCGUCUUCCGCAGACUUGACCAAUGGUGGCGCCAAAUCGAAGAACGAUGACAGACCAUUAGCAAGAGACUGGGACCUCUCAACAGGCGGUACUGUUUCAUCCCUGGCCCACCAUGUGGACCUUACAAAUGACGCAAACAGACCUCUCACCAAACUUCAACCUUCUGUGAAUGUCACUUCGAAGAUGAAGCCGGUGCAAACGGAGGUUACAGAUGCUUCAGAAACAGACAAUCAAACCUUGCCAGCUUUGGAUACAAAAGCUCUGAACAGCGAGUUCAUAAAAUCUGAAGUCGAGCCCAAGCCCGAGAACGAUAACGUUGAUGACAACCAAGAGAAGGGCGAUGCUUACACCAGUGCCACUUUAUUCAAUGCUACUCAAAACGACGCCACUGCACUAACGUCUCAAUCUCAACCAGAUCACACUGCUAUCCGUAACGUUAGCGAACGAGACGAGGACGAUACAGCAAACGAUACAUCGAUGGCAGUAUCUGAAAUGACCGUUGAUGGCGCACAUUCAAGCAUAACCGUGCCGGCUGCCGGGGGAAUAUCCUUGCCUCCUAGAAGGCUAACAUUCGAAGAUGUCAUCAAACCCACUCGCCCCAACGCGCCCAUGGUAUUCAGCGACAGUUCUUUCGGAUUUCCACUUCCGCCGCUGACGACUUCGACAGUCGUUAUGAUAGAUCAAAGACUACCGAUCAAUGUGGAAAGAGCCAUUUACCGUCUCAGCCAUUUGAAGUUGGGCGAUCCCAAACGUGAGCUACGCCAGCAGGUGGCUCUGAGCAAUUUCAUGUAUGCGUACUUGAAUCUGGUGAAUCACAGCCUGUAUCUGCAACAGCUGGAAGGAGAAACUACCGAGAUACUCGAAGUGUAA